CGCUUACACAGUGACAAGAAGACGACCGCCACAGCAGGACACAAAUACGACCGAGGAUAUUAAUGGUAAUAAGUAAUCAUUUUUAGAAGUCUUUGUGAAGGCAGCAUAGUGUUUCAAAGACGAGAAAGGAAAUACGGAGAAAUCUCUCCAAAAUAAAAGUUCGCCUGGACUCGUUAGUUACCUCUGAUCCGUAAACAACAACACAGCCACGGAAGCGCUUCCACGCGUGUCCUAUGGAGGAAGAAAUCACAGGGUCUUGACGGGACACGAAGGACAGAAUGUGGACACUGACGCUUUGGUUGGUUCUCAUUGGGCUUUGUCUACAGGUUAAUACAGGCUCCUCGCCAUGUCCUCUACACGGACUUAUAGCUAAUUGCGCCGCAAAACGCCUCUACUGGGUUCCUGUCCUGCCUGCGAAUAUCAUCGCCCUCUACCUGGAAUUUAACUACAUCAGUGACAUUAACAGCACCUCCCUCAGUCUCUAUGACCAACUGCAGGAAUUAGAUCUUGGACGCCAAAGAGUCAGCAUUGUCAUCAGAAACGAUGCCUUCCUCAGUCAGAGGAAGUUGGUUAAGUUGGUUCUUGGCUACAAUGUUGGUCUGAAGCUGGAGCCCAGGGCGUUUGCCGGACUGGUUAGGCUGCAGUAUCUCUUUCUGGACUAUAGUACUCUGAACAACUCCAUACUGGCAGACAGCUACUUCGAGCCGCUUAUCUCACUAGAGUUACUCGAUCUCUUUGGGAACCAAAUAACCUUGCUCCGACCUGGUCUGUUUUUUACGGGACUUUCAAAGUUAAGCGUGUUAAAUCUUAAAUUAAAUCAGAUCGAGAGACUGUGUGAAGAAGAUCUUGUCGGCUUUAGGGGAAAACGCUUCGCGAACAUGAAUUUGGAGUCCAACCGUAUAGCCAGAAUGUACGACACAAGUUUGGAAGGAUGUGGAAACCCUUUCAAAGAGAUGGCCUUUGAUUUCCUUGACAUGUCCACCAAUGGGUUCAAUGUCAACAAGACGGCGAGGUUUUUCGAAGUUAUCAACGGGACACCUAUUACUCACCUUAAAUUCUCGGGACACAUGGGUAAAGGCUUUUCCCAUGACAAUUUUCCCGAUCCAGACAAAAGCACAUUUGAAAGUCUCCAAAACAGUUCCGUGGACUAUUUAGAUUUGAGUGGAAACUUCAUCUUUGACCUCAAGGAGGCAGUCUUCAGUCCCCUGAAGGUUGCAAGAAUCAUUGACGUUUCCAAAAAUAAAAUUAACCAAAUUAAAAAGAAAGCCUUUUAUGGUCUUCAGGGAAGUUUGCAAAUGCUCAACCUAUCGAGCAACCUUCUGGGAGAAAUCUAUUCUCACACGUUCGCCGAUCUGACCCAACUUAUAAUCUUGGAUUUGUCCUACAACCACAUCGGUGCACUGGGAUACAAGGCCUUCAGUGAUCUCCCUAAUUUAUCGUGGUUGUUUCUGAGUGGAAACUCGUUGCGAGACCUUGGGUUCCCGGCGACUUUACCAAACUUGGAAAUUCUCCUUCUGGACGACAACAAGUUGAACUCCCUGAGCAGCAUCACUGAUAUAGGAGUGAGCAGCACUUUCGUGGAUCUAAGGAACAACAGGCUGACAAACAUGGAGGAUGUGUAUAUCAUGAUGACUUAUUUUAGGCGUCUGCAGAAACUUUUCUACAGCGGCAACUUCAUCAAGUGGUGCUCGCUAACAGAGAACAGUUUAAUUCCAUAUAAUAACAGUCUUCAACUGCUCAUUCUCAAGGACAGUUCUUUGGAGGUCAUCUGGGGCCAAGGGAACUGUCUGGACCUGUUUGAUAAUAUGACCAAUCUGCUUGCUCUUGAUAUGAGCCUCAACUCACUCACGUCUCUGCCUCCGGGGAUCUUCAAAGGCCUGGUCUCCAUAUUAGAAAUGGAUCUCUCGUCCAACUCCUUGACCUCCCUGCAGCGAGAUGUUUUCCCAGCCAGCCUGGAACAACUGGACCUUUCAAACAAUUUUAUAGCAUUUCCAGAUCCCGUGACGUUUAAGUCCCUCGUAUCUCUCCAAUUGGCAGGAAACAGGUUUCACUGUGAUUGUAACCUAGAGAGCUUCCUGCUGUGGCUCAACGCGACAAGUGUCGUGACGAGCCCUCCGGAGACACACAGGUGUGAGUUUCCAGCUGCUCUCCACGACCUGCCUCUGCUGAAUUACACCACGGUGGUGGAGCCGUGUGAGGUCGACGAUGAAAUGUCCGUCCAGGAGCUAAAGUUAGCCCUCUUCGUGUUAUCCGCCCUCCUCAUUACUGCCUUCACCCUGGGUGGCAUCGUUUACGCCCGUCUGCGCGGACGCAUAUUCGUCAUCUACAAAAAGCUGGUGAGCAGGGUCGUGGAGGGCCCGAAGGUGGCGCCUCCCCUGGAGGAAGUGCAGUAUGACGCCUUCCUCUGCUUUAGCAACAGUGACUACAUGUGGGUGGAGGCUGCUCUACUGAAAAAACUGGACAACAAUUUCUCAGAGGAAAACAUCUUCCGCUGCUGCUUUGAGGCCAGAGACUUCCUGCCCGGCGAGGAUCACCUUUCCAACAUCAGAAAUGCAGUCUGGGGGAGCAGGAAAACCCUCUGUGUCGUCUCCAAGGAGUUCCUUAAAGACGGCUGGUGUGUGGAGGCGUUCACUGUGGCUCAGAGUCGGAUGCUGGAGGAAUUGACAGACAUCUUGAUUUUACUGGUGGUUGGGAAGGUGACGCAGUACCAGCUGAUGAAGUACAACGCCAUCAGAGAUUUGAUCCAGAAAAGAGACUACCUCGUGUGGCCGCAGGACCCCCAAGACCUGGGCUGGUUUUAUGAGCGGCUGGAGACCAAACUACUGAAGAACACAAAGACAAACAAGUUAGCAGAGGACAGAGCUCCACCUGUGCAAGAGCAAAAUCAACCUCAGGACAAUGUCCAGCUGGAGGAGCUCAGAGAAGUUAGACUCUGAAUGGGCUACGAAGACACUAAAACUUACCAGGUGUAUACAGGUCAGAAAAUAAGAGUAAAGUCAAUGAAAAACUUUGGUUGUAGCCGUUAUGAAUGCAAGUCUACUGAAUAUAUGUUAAUCCUAUGUACGGAAAGGUAGUAUGUACUUGUGAUAUUAGGUAAUAUGUGGUUUGUGUACAUCUUGUAUUUUAGCUAUGUGGAAUAAAUAAAGUAAAAAAAAUGUAAUUUUACUAGACGUUUUGAGUCGAUUCUUGCCUACUCCACCAUACCAGAAAAAUACAUACAUAUCCAUUGAUUUAUGUGACAAUGGACUCUCCAGCUGUUCCUUACACAGGACAGACGUAUAACCAAACUGUACUCUGAAAAAUGUUAGAAUACACAUUAAUAUUGCACUGUCAAAUAGUGAUAUAUUUUUGUAAUAAAAGUUUGUGAACUUCU